AUUUUUUUACAACAUGGCGGAAACGGGCUUCCAUACAGGUGGGUGGUGUCUCCGUGAAAAGAUCGCAGUAAACCAUAGAUAUAUGGGAAGCCAAUUCUGCCAUAUUCAUAAAUAAAUAAAUACAUAAAUAAAUAUACAAGGAAAUGUAAAAAAGCAAAAAUACAGAAAUAAUCAGGGUAUCUUCCGUCCAUUCCAUAUCCGUUUUCAAAUAAAAAAACGGAAAACGAAAAAACAAAUCGUUUUUUAAUAUAUCAUUGUAUUGCCUUUGUUUAAUAUUUACUUAAAGUUAUAUUUUUCUAUUCUGCCAGACAUACAAUCUACUCUAAAUAACAGAUUUUAGAAUAUCAGCCUAAAAAUGGAAUAUUACAUUUUGAUUUCUUAACUAAGCUAUAUGACCCGGAAGUUCACGCGCACUGUACGCCUUUCUAAUGCUCCACACUCCAGUCCAGUUGGUGGCGGUAAUACACCAUAAGUUGGCUUGUCAACCGCCAUUAAACAGUACAAGAAGAAGUUCACACGUGGACGAACGGAAACAGAAAUCUGUAACCAAAACUUCACCUCACCAACUUCAAGCAAGUCGUCAUGGAUACAUACACGCUUUUCAAGGGUCCUAAGAGGGUAACUUUAAAAGACGAAGACAUGACAACUGAUAAAAUUGGCCGUAUAUUUCAGGUGUGUAGUUCCAGUGUUUACAUAACUGAUGAUAGCAACGUCGCUAUCUUCGCUGGAGAGAGUGGAUUUUUUAGUAGUGUCGAUCUUGUUACAAGAGGACACUACGAAGUUCACGGAGAUUCUGCCGAGGUGCAAUCACCGGACUCAAAUAGACCCGUUGCUGGAUCUGGGUCUGUGCGCUUUGCAUUUCAACGACCCAGUGCGGCCGCUGGUUUUGCUUCGCAGGCAUUUUUGUCUGCGCCGCGGGCCAGUAUGUCAAAACCUUUUCAACGGAAUGUUUUUCUUGCUGAUCUGGUUGGUGGAAAAUGGACACCUCAGAAGACUGUGGCGAUCCGUUUUCAUGAACAUGAGGCAUCAGUUCCUAGCAUCUUGGUAAAAGUCCAAGAUGCCAUUGGGUCAGAAGAUGGUUUGAUUUUGACUGAUGGCCAGGGGAAUGAGAUUGUAGAUACAGAGGGAACAAAAGGAUCAAGUUACUGGAAACAAAACUCUAGAAAGGUUUUUGCUGUGCGUGAACAACAGUUCUUGGAAAUGAGAUCCAAGAAGAGAAGAGUAAGCCAAAGGGAUGAUGACAGCCAGCUACCAGAGGUCUUAGAAAGAAUUGAAGAGGUGGUGUUGGCAUCCCAAGAACUGCCAGAGGUUGUACAGGCCAUCAAGGGAUUAUCGGAGCUGACUUUGGCACACAGAUGUUUUAUUAGUUUCACAGAUCAAGAACGUGCAGCUAUCAAAAAUGCAUUUGCUUGCAUAAUUUGCAAAGGGGCCAUGAAUGAUCCGUUUUUUGCCGUUUGUUGUCAGAGUCUCAUUGCAUGCAAAGUGUGCUUUGACCAGUGGCAGCGAAAUGCCAACACCUGUGUGAAAUGCAGAGGAGAGAACUCGAGGGAAAACACCUACAGAGUCACAGGAAUUGAUGGUGCAUUGUCUGCUUUUGGGGAUCUUAUCAAGGAUUAAAAACAGUAAAAAGCUGUAUACCAGUUACAAGUGUCACAUGUUAAGAGGUUUUAUAAUAUGGCACAACUGCAGCUGCUCUUUAUUUGUUACUGCUGUUAGUUACAUGUUAAGAGUAAACAUCCUCUUGAAUAUACAGUUUAAAAAAAAAGUUAUUACUGUUGAGAUGUUGACUUGAAAGUGAGAUGCACUAAAGGAAGCACUUUUUUGCUUUAAUAUGAGUAAUGAUACUCUUUACAUUUAAGUUAUAAACCAAAUAUCACUGUUUCAGUGUCAAGUUUUAAACUUUUGAUUUGUUGAAAGUAAAAUGCAGCACUGGAUAGCACUUUAUUAAACAUGCUUUAAUGUGACCAUUUAUACUUCAAAUUACAGCAUUGUUUUAAUACAA